GCUUUGAUUGGCUGCGUAAUAGUGGUAGACGUCGUUAGAGGUCGUUCAACCUCUGAUACAAGUUUUCUCUUUCUUUCUUUCACCCUGUCAUCACGUGAUCUGACGUGCCUCUUAUUCCGCACGAUUUCGUCAUCCAGGUGCGGAUUUUUGUGUCAACGACUUUCUCUUGUGACUUUUAAUGGAAAAGACAUCACAAUGUCUAAUGAACAACAAAAACAUUUUAAAAGAUAUUCGUCUGUAAGAUAUUUCCAUCAUUCAUCCAGCAACCAAGCGAUCAGAAAAGCUGGUAUGGGAACAUCAGGAUCACAAGCACCUACUCAGAACAGAACUCAAGUCAGUGGAAAUCAGCAGCGAAGACAAGCAUAUGCAUAUGGAUGUGCAAAUCUUUUAUAUGAAGAAUCAGAGAUUGAUCCCAUCAAACUCAAAGAGAAGAAACUUCGUUAUCGAUUGAGUUCUUUAAGAAAAUGGGAGUAUACAAAGUUUGGCAGAGAGCUUCAACAACGACAAAUCAGGCCCCCAGCACAGUCUCUUAAGUUUACAGUUCUAUCUUACAAUGUGUUGGCUCAACAUCUUUUGGAAGAACAUACUUACCUGUACAGGAAAGCAGAUCCUGAGGCUCUUGACUGGAACAGUCGUGCUGAAAGAAUUCUACGAGAAGUUAGAGACAAUCAAGCAGAUGUUUUAUGCCUUCAAGAGGUUCAAUCAGACCACUACGAAACAUUCUAUGUUCCCAAACUCACAGCAAUGGGUUUUACGGGAGUUUUCAAGAAGCGAACCGGGGACAAACCGGAUGGAUGCGCUAUAUUUUUCCGAGAUUCCAAGUUUGAAUUGAAGAAUAGCAUAUCAGUUGAAUACUGCAAGCCAGACGUAGAGCUUCUUGACCGAGACAAUAUUGGUCUAAUAGCAUUACUUACCCCGCGCAUUUUGCACUCAAGAAAUUCUGCAGAUGAAGAUUUACCGUUUAUCGUUGUUGCUACCACACAUCUUCUUUACAAUCCGAGACGACACGAUAUUAAGCUUGCUCAAUUACAGCUGCUUUUCGCAGAAUUAGACCUCAUCGCUUUCAAUUCAAGUAAAGCAACUUCCAAGAACAAUAAUGGAAUUUCUUACCACCCCACAAUCCUGACAGGAGAUUUCAACUUGACACCGAACACUAGCAUCUACGACUUCAUCACACGUGGUUCUCUACAAUUUAAAGGACUAAGUCGAAGGCAAUUGACUCCUGAGGAUCGUGGACACGUGCUUGAUAAGGAAUUGAUACCACCGCAUCUGAAUGUCACAGACCAGUGCCAACACCUCCAUGCAACUGAACGACGAAUACCUCUUGUGGGCCAUUCAAGCUCUCAAUUGUCAAAUGGUGAAUCUUCUGUCGAACGGUUUUCCACUGGCCAGCUAUCACAUCAGCUUCAGUUGCAAUCCGUUUAUCCUCAUCGUCUAAACCGUUUAAAUGGAGCUAAUGAAGCGACCACUUUCCAGAACGAAUGGGUCACUGUUGACUACAUUUUUCACAACGGUUUUCAAUUCAAGAACCCGAACCUGCAGUUGCUAAGUCGCUUAGGACUAUUAGCGGGACAAGAAUUAGAUGGCCUUGGGGGCUUGCCAUCAUUGGCUUCACCUUCUGAUCACUUGCCAUUGGUAGCCCGUUUCCUCUGGAAGUAUAAAGGACUUUAAAUAAGAGUUACCAAAAUGUCAUUUGUAUAUAUUAUCCUGGAAAUUUAAUGUCAGAACACGACGGGUUGAAAACUCUUUGAAACUUUAGUCACUUCUCACUGAAAGUAAUAUCCUGAUAGUCUGUUAAUAUACAGUACAUUACAUGUAUUAUGGUCUGUAAAGAAAUUCUGAAAUAACAAAAUUCUUUUCCAUAUAUAACUGCACUCUGUAGUUUGUUUAUGUCUUUUUUUUCAUAAAAAUUUGUUUGAGCAUCUUUUGUGGUUAAAUCUAUCAAAUAGACACUUGGAUCAUUUA